AUGGCCGCCGCUGCCCGGCCCCGCCGCAACUCCGCGCCUUGCACCACUGUCAGCAGGGGCCGCAGCGCGGUCGUGGUGCAUGCAAUGGGGACAUCCACCCCCCAGCAGCAGGACGCCGGCUCGCUGGACGUGUCGGGGGCGGUGGUGCAGCCGUCGUUCCGGCAGACGCCCUGGGCUGCAGAGGCCGCGGUGGCGGCGGCCGGCGGCGACCGCGCCGCCGCCCGCAUCGCCUUUGUCUCAGAGUCAGGCACCUGCCGCUGCGUGCUGGCGGCGGCGGCUUUCCGGGCCGCGCUGGCAGCCCGCGACCCGCGGCUGGCUGGGCUGGUGGAGGUGGAGUGCCGCGCCACGAAAGACUACUGCCUGGGCGACGGCCCCGAGCUGCUGGCGGCGCGCGUAGCCAGCGAGCUGGGGCUGGAGCUGGCGCAGGGGUAUGCGGCGCAGCAGUUCAAGGAGAGCCGCGACAUUGUGGACUUUGAUGUGGUGCUGGUGAUGGACAAGUUCACAGCUGCCGACGUGCUGCGGGAGGUGUCGGUGUUUGACACCAUCAAGACGUGGGGAAAGGCCAACUACAGCAGCAAGGUGCGGCGGCUGGGCGAGUUCAACCCGGCUGCCGCCUCGGCAGCUGCCAAGAAGGAUCUGGGGGGCGCGGACAUCCAGGACGCCCUGUAUGGCAACGUGGGAGGCGAGGAGGAGCUGGAGGCGGUGCGGCAGGCGGCUGCGGCAAUCCAGCAGAGCUGCGACGGCCUCGCCGACUUCCUGGUGACGGUGGACCAGCGGCACCAGCAGCAGCAGCAGCAGGCGCAGCAGGGCGCGGAUGGCGACGCAGGCGCGGGCGGAGAGGCGGGCGCACUGGCGGCCAGCGGCAGGCUGGGCGACAGCCUGACGGCGGCGGUGCGGGAGCUGGAGGCGAUGGACUGGCUUGUGCCGCCCAUGCUGCAGGCCCGCUGA